CAGCCUUAUACCUUCAUCGGCAGCUUCACAAGUAUAUCUGAGAUGUCAGGACUGCACUAUUACUCACACCGAAUGUUCUGGAAGAAUGAUGACAAUAAAAUUGUGGUUGGGGAUAUGGAAUGUAACCACACAUCAGAUGUCUCCAGCUACAGUGUAAAUGGCUUCACAGUGCUACAUCACUCCCUACAGCCAUACCCAGUUGGUAUGAAUGAGUCCACAUUGAUGAUCAUACCAGGAGCUGUCCCUACAGAAACCAUCCAGUGUCAAGGUCAUUGGGCAGAUUUCAACCUCACAUGGAGUCCAGCAACUGUCACCUAUGGCAAUGUCUUCUACGAAGUGUCUAUUGAAGUCCCACAUAGUUCUAACAAGAAAAUGCUGUUUCAGAAAAUGGAGGAAACUUGGUACAAAAUGCCAAACUUACCCCCUUACAGUGAGAUCAUUGUAUCACUGCGAGCCUAUACUUACUGGGGCAAUGGACCUGUCACCACAGUUACCGUUCACUCACCAAUGUCAGUGCCUGGUAAACCCCUGCAACCACGUGUGUAUGUAACACCAUACAAGGAUGCCCUCACUUCCCAUCAUGCCCUGGCAGCUGACUUCCGUUGGAUGAAGCCAAAUGUCACAAAUGGACCAAUCAGCCACUACAAUAUCUCUCAUUGGUCAAUGAGUGUUGGAAAUGGCCAGGUGUUUGUGGUGACCAGUCCAGCUAUUGCUCGACAUUUUAUCCUAGAAAACCUUCUUCCGAAUGCCUCAUACUCAUUCCAGGUGUGUGCUUGUACAGUGGUAGGCUGUGGUGAGAAAUCAGAUGUGAUUGUUGCCAAACAGGAUGUUGUACGACCUGUUCCUAAACUACUGGUAGCCACUGCUAUGUCAAUCAAGAUGGCAGAGAUCGACAGUUCUGUUUAUCUCACUGUUGCUAUGGAAACCGGUGUGCCAUCUGUAGCUGUUACAUAUCAGGCCCAGGAGGACAGAAAGUUUUGGAUUACUGAGGAUGGCAUGUUGAUGGAAUCUGUUAAUAAUGAGAAACAACUGCUGAUGAAGCUAAAUAAUUCUGGACUGGACCUGUCACUGGACUGGAUCAGUCGGACUCUGUAUAUUGUUGAGGUUGACCACACCAGAAACACCAGCUCUCUAGGGGCCUACAAGCUGGAUCAAGGUCAAUAUGUUAGCCUUCAGGACCGGCCUCAAGCCAUCGGGGCCAUUGUAGCUGACCCAUACACCAGCAAUGUGAUCUGGACAGAGGAGGGUUUGAACAAAAACCAGUACACUGUCUACAAAAUGAAUGCCAACUAUGACAUUGCAGCUGUAUUUACAACAAUGCGUAGACGGUUGCGACGAGAAGUUACCUCCCUUCCUUGUACAUGCCCCAUGACAGUAACAACAAGCAGUGCUCUGGCUGUGGACCAUUCAAGUAACAACAAAAUGGAGAUGAUUCUUUAUCAUUUGAGUGCCAAGGCUCUUAUAGCAGCUGAUAUAGAUGGUUGUCACUGCAGGACAAUCCUUCCUGGAAGUAGUGUUUCAGACUCUGCCCCUGACCUACUCUCAGUCGACCACUUAAACAUCUACUGGUACAAUAAGGCAGCUGGUCAACUAUAUGCUAUUGACAAAUCCAGCAAUGUUGUGACUCCUUAUGCCCUACCAGGAGUGAAUGAUCUCUUAGCCUACGGACCACAGCUUCAGCCACGACCAGGUCUGGGAUGUUUGGAUCCAGGACCAUAUAAUGGUAGUAUUGUGAUGGUACGCCACAGCAAUUCCUCUCUCACGAUCCUCCUUGAGGAGGUGGGUUGGCCAGCUGAGUGCGAAACAAUUUCCCACCCAAACACCAGGUACACUGUCUUCUUCAAGCAAGGAUCACAUGGGGAUCGAUGUGGUGUGGAUGGUCAUGACUGCAGAUCACAGACAUCGUACAAUCGCCAGAUGACAGUAUCAGGGCUAGAUCCAUACAUGGAGUAUGUGGUUCAUGGAGCUGUGAGUAACUACUACACAGAAAAGCUGGAUAAGGUUCUUGGUGACCCACAUGUCUUCCGCACCAAGGUGGGAGUGCCUUCCCCUGCAACUUCUGUCAUCCUUAAAGUGUUGACCUUUGAUAAGAUGACAGUACAAUGGUCACCCCCACUUCACAGCAAUGGCCCCCUAGAGGAAAUCACCUACAAGGUCAAAUGGACAGUAGUUACCAAGGGUCAAACCCAAGAAAUGGAAAUGACCCCAGUGAUAGAUCUAAUUACCAGUAUAACUAGAGUCCCUAUCCACAGUGUCACCCUUCAAAACCUGUUGCCUAACCAUCAAUACAAGGUCAAGAUCUUGGCUUCUAACAAGGAGCGACUGGUGUUUAGUGAAACAGCUGAGCUGAAGGCUAAGACUUUCGAGGGUCUCAAUGACAUCAAGCUGUUGGGCAAAUCAGAAGACACCCUCAAUGUUUCAUGGGACUUUCCAACUGAUGGAAGUGUGUAUGCUGUUGCCUUCAUCUACUAUCCGAUAGAGGAGAAGGAGGGGUCAUUGGUGAAGUUUAGUCAGACCGAGAUUCCCCAGAAAAAAACUAAAAACAACACAUAUUAUAGCUACAGUAUUACACACCUCCAGCCAUACACCAAGUACAGUAUCAGACUCAGACUCGUCUGGAUGAGUGUUAUGCGGAUGGACUGGCCCGAUGAUGAUGAAUUUGUUUAUAGGACUAAUGCCUCUAUUCCACAAGAGCCUCUCCCCCCCGAGAUACAAAAACUGAAAUCACAGGUGUAUGUUGUGCUAUGGCAAGAGCCACAGGUGAAUGGUGAAAGUAUAUCUCACUACAUCCUCCAGUACAGACAAACAGACACUGAUACAUGGGAACAGGCUUACAAUGGCACAGAGCUACGCUGGGUGGUAGACAAGGACAUCACACCUCCUGGGCAUGACUAUGUCUUCAGGGUCAAGGCCACAAAUGAAAUCGGUUGGGGACCUCCCAGUAAUUCCAGUCUGACCUUCUCCUACAUAGAGGCCCUUGUGUGGACAGACAACUCAAUCAUCUUAGCUGUUGGUCUACCAGUUGGCAUCGUCCUCAUCAUCAUUGUCAUCCUGGUGGCUUACUGCUAUGUGAGAUGGAAGAGACAGGAUCUCCAGAAGAAGCGACCACAGUUUGUGGCAGUGGCUCGUGGCCCUGACGUAGAACUGGCCACUUUAAGGGAACUGCCACACACUGCUUACCAACAGAGUAACACUUUGUAUGCCAUCAGUUUAAUUCCUACCGACAGUGAUAUUGCUUCCUUGCCCCACUUCCGAAGGGAUCAGUUGAUGCUUACAAAGUUCCUUGGCAGUGGAGCAUUUGGAGAAGUCUUUGAAGGUCUAGCCAAAAAUAUCCUGAGUGACACAUCUGGUGAAACAAAAGUGGCAGUCAAGACCUUGAGGAAGAGUGCCUCUGAUCAUGAGAAGGAAGAGUUUCUGAAGGAGGCAGUCCUCAUGAGUAAUUUUAAACACGAGCACAUUCUCAGUCUGUUGGGCGUCUGUCUGGACAAUGACCCAGAAUUCAUUAUCUUGGAACUGAUGGAGGGUGGGGAUCUCCUGUCCUUUCUCCGUGCUUGUCGACCAUCCACGACAAAUGCUGCAUUCCUGUGUAUUACAGACCUGGUGAAAAUAUGUGUUCAUGUGGCACGUGGAUGUAAAUACUUGGAGGAGAUGCACUUUGUUCAUAGAGAUCUGGCAGCCAGGAAUUGCCUUGUAUCCAGCAAGACACCAGCGGACAUGGUAGUGAAGAUUGGUGACUUUGGCCUGGCCAGAGAUAUAUACAAGAAUGACUACUACAGAAAGGAAGGGGAGGGACUACUUCCUGUACGAUGGAUGUCACCAGAGGCACUGGUUGAUGGAGUAUUCACUACACAGUCAGACAUCUGGGCAUUUGGCAUUCUGAUUUGGGAGGUUAUGACUUUUGGACGACAGCCAUAUCCUGCCAGAACCAACAUCGAGGUCCUACAUUAUGUACGAUCAGGCGGUCAGUUAGAACAGCCAGAAGGCUGUCCUGAGGAACUCUUCCAGAUGAUGAGAAGUUGUUGGGUAGAGGCAGAAGACCGUCCCUCAUUUUCAGUCAUCCUCCAACAACUUGAAGAAUUCCAUGACAAGUGUGUGUCACUUUUCGCUGACUACAUUGUCCCUAUACGAUCCCGCACAAUCAACCCAGAUGUGGGUGGCUCAACCUGUCAUCGUCAGCCAAGAGAGAGAAAAACGAGACGGAGGACCUUAUCACAUGGACAUGACCCUAAUUAUAAGGGAGACAAUGAAGUGCUAUAUAAAAAGAUUCAACAUGCUACGUCCUUUGAUAUGCCCGAGCCUCGUGAUGAGAUGGACCUGGAACUGACCUAUCGACAGAUAGCAAUGCAAAAUGGUGCAUGCACAGAGUAUCUCAUUCCCCAUACACAGGGCACACCAAAAUAUCUCCAACUCAUCCGUGACCCGGUAGACCGGCGCAAGUCCUCGCAGGGGUCCAGUCGCCACAGUUCCUGUUCUAGUGAUAUAUAUUCUCUAAACUCCAGUCUACAGGUGGCGCUGCCACCCCUGAAACAGUAUGAAUCAAUCCAUUCCAUAGACUCUGACCCAUGUCAAGAGGUCCCAUACUCCCCAGUCAACAGCAUUCCAGAAGGCUACGAAUUUGUACCUUAUCCUUCUCAUCUCACCAGAAAUAAAAUGGCCAACUCUGAUGGGUACGCUAUCGUCAAUGGGCCACCUCGCCUUGUGUCUAGUAGCAGUACAAACGACGGGAAGAGUGCUCCAAACGAUCAUUGUGUCCUGAACAGUUCCCUUUCUUCAGAAUACAAUACACAGGAUGGCACAAGUGCUCUGAAUAAUCAGUGUGCCCCAACUAGUACUCCUACUGGAUAUACAACAGUAAAUAUCCCCACUAAGGGUGGUUGCCCAGUGGGAACAAGUAGUAGUGCAGAGGUGAUUAUCAGCUACCCACGCAGCUCGGUAGAACGUGGAUACAGUAGUGCAGAGGCAAGGCUCUAUUACACAGGGCCAGCCUCUGACUUAGCUAACAACCUGAAAAACAAACAGAAACCGAUUUAUCCCCACAUCGCCCUCACAGACAGCAGGAACUAUGUAGACUGUAACAGAAACAAGGCCUCGUAUCUCAGCCUCGCUUCCAAGUCCGACUGUUCUCACCUUACACACAACUUUGACCCUGCUAAACUACAGGCUUAUUGGGCUAGUAAUAGUCGCCUCCCAGGGAAUCAGGACUCCAAGGUCCCUGGGGGGCGGUCUCGGGGCCAGGUCUAUCCUCUCAGUGAGGCCCUAGUGUCAGGAUACUCAGAUGUACAGGCCAGUCUGGUGUGACACAGGAUAUCUCAAGUAUAACACACAUAAAGGACUGUCUCUUAAGUUUAUAUAUGACAUCAGGAGUGUCAUCUGUGUUUAAAGGACUAAAGAUGUCUCAGAAUUACACAUGACUCAUCAGAGAUGAAUCAAAUGUUAUCUAGAACAUAAUGGUAUAUGGGAUAUCUGAAAAUACAAUAUAAUUAUGUUUUGGAUGUCUCAAACUGAUUUAUUGGGCACUUUGUUGUCUUGAGCUCAAAUGUGUGACUCUUAAAGAGUACUACAAUGUUGUGUGUUGACAACUCGUAAUAAUGAUGCUGUAAGCGUAUAUAUUUGCCACACUUUUUUUUUCCAUUGUUUUAACAAACCAUAUGAUGCAUAGGUGUAAAUGUCAUGAAAACUGCAUAAAGAGAAAAUGCAUAAUGAUAAUUAUGUGAAAUAUUCCAUGAAAAGUGCUUGAAGAAUAUAUAAUGUACAGAUAUUUACAAUAUAUUACUGGAGAUAUGAGGUACACCUGUUUCUUGAUGUCAAAAAUACACUGCCAUGAUAAUUAUUUGACAGUACCUGGGAUAGGUUGAUCAGAACACACAGCCAUGAUAACAAUUACACAGUACCUGGGAUAGGUUGAUCAGAACACACAGCCAUGAUAACAAUUACACAGUACCUGGGAUAGGUUGAUCAGAACACACAGCCAUGAUAACAAUUACACAGUACCUGGGAUAGGUUGAUCAGAACACACAGCCAUGAUAACAAUUACACAGUACCUGGGAUAGGUUGAUCAGAACACACAGCCAUGAUAACAAUUACACAGUACCUGGGAUAGGUUGAUCAGAACACACAGCCAUGAUAACAAUUACACAGUACCUGGGAUAGGUUGAUCAGAACACACAGCCAUGAUAAUAAUUUCACAGUACCUGGGAUAGGUUGAUCAGAACACACAGCCACGAUAAUAAUUUCUCAGUACCUGGGAUAGGUUGAUCAGAACACACAGCCAUGAUAAUGAGUACACAGUACCUGGGAUAGGUUGAUCAGAACACAAAGCCACGAUAAUAAUUUCACAGUACCUGGGAUAGGUUGAUCAGAACACACAGCCACGAUAAUAAUUUCACAGUACCUGGGAUAGGUUGAUCAGAACACACAGCCAUGAUAAUGAUUACACAGUACCUGGGAUAGGUUGAUCAGAACACACAGCCAUGAUAAUAAUUUCACAGUACCUGGGAUAGGUUGAUCAGAACACACAGCCACGAUAAUAAUUUCACAGUACCUGGGAUAGGUUGAUCAGAACACACAGCCAUGAUAACGAUUACACAGUACCUGGGAUAGGUUAACCAUAGGCUUUUUGUGUGCUAAUAGAAGUAGUUCAUGUUGAUUAGAUGAAAUGUUGCUGCUCAUUUAUUACUUUACACUGAGUGAGACCAGGCUGUAAUAUACAACUGUCAAAGAAAUCAGCAUUAUUUUUACCAAGUAUGUCAUGUCAAAGGUAGUAAUAUUCAAGAUUCCACAUUAUUGCCAAACAAUGCACACCUCUUAAAACCAAAGAUUUAUGGUGUAAUAUGGUACAUAUAUGUGUGUGUGUGUGUGUUAGUCUGAUCCUGUGUUACAGUAACCAACCAUUUACUUAUAUACUCACCUUAGAUUUACACCCAACAAUGUUGGGAAAUAGAUGAAUUGGUCAGCCUGGGGUCAGCAUGAGGUCAUGCAGUGGUAGUAUUAGUCCUUAUCAAGCAAGCCAGACUCUGGUUGGAGUCUGAACAACAUCGAAAUUCUGGUCAGAUGUAGUCUUGGAAUUCAUAAGAUGACAAGACGUUUCCUAACGACGUUGGUCCCCACAUCCUGUAUAUAAGAUCUUAUAGAGCAAUAUAGAACUGAGCUGAAGUCAUUUUCAGAUUCUACUAAACACCAAAAGCUGUCAUUAUCUGAUAUACAUAUAUAUAUAUAUUUGUGAAUAUUGUACCAUGUUAUGACUUUUGUCUUGUUGAUAGUGUUUAUGAUGUUGUUUAUGAUAUCAAGUUUUAACAAAAGUCCCAUAUACAUUUGUGUAAUACAUUGUUCUGCUCAGUAGAGUAUAGCUAUUGUUUUCUGUCCAAGGUGACCUCGACUUCCACGUUUGUUUAUGAUGAGAACCUGGUGACUUUCACUUGUUCAUGUUCAAGAUAACCUUGAUCACUCUUUGCGUCUGAGGUAACCUUGACUUUCAUGUUCAUGUCCAGGUUAACUUUGAUCACCAAUUGUGUCCAAGGUGACCUUGACCUUCAUAUUCAUGCCCAAGGUAACUUUGAUCACUGUUUGUAUCCAGGGUUACCUUGACCUUCAUAUUUCUGUCCAAGGUAACCAUGAAUACUGUCUGUUCAAGGUGACCUUGACCUUCAUGUUCAUGUCCAGGGUAACCUUGAUCGAUGUUUGUGUCAAUGAUGACCUUGACCUUAAUGCUUAACAUGUUCUGUACCCAUUCCAGCUAACAUUAACCUCAUCACAGUAGAAAAUAAUUCUUAUGUGAUGUUAACAAAGCAGUUAUCAGGUAAAUAAUCUUAACUUUGAUGAAUUGUGAAAGAAGUUCAUUGUUAAAAAACAGACAGCCAUUGCCCAAGGUGAAGUGAUCAUUGUUAUAUAAGGUGGUGGUUCAUAUUGAUACCAGACAUGGUUAACCUAUUGCUUGGCAGUAUAUGAUAUGAAAUCAAGAAUUGUCAUCAAAAGAUAAAAGAUUAAUACACAAGAUUUUAAAAAAAGUAGAGAUGUUGAUGCCAUUUAAGAUAUGCUGUAAUGGAAUGGAAAUGUGUACAAUUUCUUUAGCACUAAGAUACUGUAUAUGAUUCAUGAUUAUACCCCACUUAUUAUUUGUAUUGUAAGGAUUUUUUAAAAUUCUUACACUGUACUAUCCUUAAAUAAUGAAAUAUAUAUAAAUCAAUCAGCAAUGUUUUAUCCAAAGGCAUUGUAAGUUAAGUUUUCUCAGCAACUCUGAGAACUUUUUAAGUUAAGGACCAGCAUAAUAAAAAAUAGUAUUUGGUUGUGGUUUAGUGUGUCCCAUAACAGCAUCACUUCACAUUAAUAUUGAGAUAAGAUAAUUAACUUAGGUAUCAGAAGACUUACCCAAAAACACCCUGGACAUUCAGUAUCGAAAUCAGCCUCUACUUGUAUUGGUUUGUGUUUUUUAACCCACAAAUCAGGCUUGUUCCCAUUUUCUUAUAAAAAAAACAGUCUGCCUAUUAAAAGAAAAUGUGUAGGAAAAGAGAUCUGCUCAAUGUGUAGAGAAAGUGUUGUACAAAAAAAACAGUGUAUAGGGAAGGUUGAAAACCCAUCAUGUUGUAGAGAAAGUAGGAAAAAGGCAGUGUAUAGGGAAGGUUGAAAACCCAUCAUGUUGUAGAGAAAGUAGGAAAAAAGCAGUGUAUAGGGAAGGUUGAAAACCCAUCAUGUUGUAGAGAAAGUAGGAAAAAGGCAGUGUAUAGGGAAGGUUGAAAACCCAUCAUGUUGUAGAGAAAGCAGGAAAAAAGCAGUGUAUAGGGAAGGUUGAAAACCCAUCAUGUUGUAGAGAAAGCAGGAAAAAAGCAGUGUAUAGGGAAGGUUGAAAACCCAUCAUGUUGCAGAGAAAGUAGGAAAAAGGCAGUGUAUAGGGAAGGGUGAAAAACCCAUCAUGGUGUAGAGAAAGUAGGAAAAAGGCAGUGUAUAGGGAAGGUUGAAAACCCACCAUGGUGUAGAGAAAGUAGGAAAAAAGCAGUGUAUAGGGAAGGUUGAAAACCCACCAUGGUGUAGAGAAAGCAGGAAAAAAGCAGUGUAUAGGGAAGGUUGAAAACCCACCAUGGUGUAGAGAAAGUGGGCAAUAACCAACUUGUAGAGAAAGCAGGAGCCAAGCAAGAUGUGUAGGGAAGGUUGGAAGCUAGCUUGGAGUAGAAAAAGUGGAAACUAAGAAUGUGUAGCAGAAAAAGGAAACCAAGUAUUGUAUAAAGAAUGUGGGAACCAGGUAUAUAUAUGCUGUACAAUAUACUGCAAUGUGUAGAAGAGCUAGGAUAAGCAUCUUGCACCAACACAGUGUGGUUCAGUCAGGUUAAUGAUCACAUGCUACACAAGUAUUAGUGAAGCGUUUAUCACUUUAUUUUGACCAAAAUCAUUUCUUAUUGAAAAUGCGAACUGCAACAAGGAGUUGUAUAAUAUGUUUCUAUAUUUUUAUAAUUAUCUGACUGUGGAAGCAUUAUUAGAAUGUGUUACAGUGACUUGACAAUCACCAAGUGUUACCAACCUUCAUGUGUUCCAGUUGUAUCAAAGCAUGAUAAAAAAUUUCUUACAUAUUGUCCUGAAUGACUUAGUUAAAUUUCACGUUCCACAGUCACAUGGCAAUGUACAGGAAGGUUAACCUGCCCCUAUAAUUCUGCCAUUAGGUGAAAUGGUGAAAAUAUCAAAAUAAUAAUUUGAGAUAGCAAUAAAAUAUCUUUAUCUUGGAGAGCUUUAAUAUAACCUUGAUUUAGAGGAGUCCUAGCGGCCCUUGUUUUACCAAAGUGUGUCCGGUAUUGGCUGUUAGCAGGGUCCAAACCAGCAAAUUUUGUACAUUUGUUCACUUUGACCAAAUUGUUUAUGGUUAUCAUUUUUUCACCAAGUUUCAUUUACACCCAAUAGUAUUUACUGGAAACAACUACAUUUAAUAGUGGCUUUAUUUUAAUAUCAUUAAUAUCAUCAAAGAUGAGAAAUUUGUCAACUAAUGAAGCAAAAAAUCACUGUGUAAAGAAAAUGACACUUGCAUAUCAAAAUUUAAAAAGUUUUACAAUUUUUUGUUCUAAAUGAAGUAUCUAUAAAAGCCAUACCCUAACUUCACUCAGUGGUUCAGUUUAUUGUUAUGAUAAGACAAUCAAGAUUGCUUUACAAACUAGGAGAAAUUCUUUGUAAACUGGAAACAAAUUUGAUGAUCAUCAAAAUAGGUGUGUUGUGUAAUUGCUGCGGCAUUCCCAAUGUAGUUAUGAGAUUUUAUUUCAGAGGACUGGUUUUCACGGAUCAUCAGUAUCUUGUCAGCUUAUGUACAGAUUUUGUUGUCAAUGUUAUGUUUUCAUCUUUACCAAUUUUAAUCAUGGGUCUUUAUUGAUUACAGAUUAUUUUAUGAUUAAAUAAAAAAGAUAAUGUUA